AAAAAGUUUCUAAAAAAGUGUAUGAUAAUCGAGUACGACAAAAUAAAUUUUAGAAAUGAUGAAAUUGACGGCUGUCGUGUUGUGCACAUGAAGACACUUGCUCAUCAAUUGCGAUGCAAAAAGUGUUCAUCGGUGCUUUCCUUGGAGGAUAUUUCUGAAGAGAAGAAAUCUGGACUGGCUUCAAGCCGUAUUAGAUUAGUAUAGUUUUGAAUAAUCAUAACGAUCUGUUUUAUCUAUAUUAAAUCUGUAUUAAAUACAAAUAAAUAUGUUUUUCGAUAAUAAAAAUGUGGUUUUCAGGUGUUUUGAAUGGAGGUAUGGGGUACACCCAUUUGAAUAAAUUUCUAAGUGCUCUAAAUAUUCCAGAAAUGCAUUGGAACACCUUCAAAACCUACGAGAAAGAAGUUGGAAAAGCUAUCGAAGAAUUGGGUCGAGAUAGUUGCAAGAGAGCGGUUCAAGAAGAGAGAGAGCUUACCAUAAAAAAUCACGAAAAAUUAAGAAAAUUAUUACCCAGUCACUUCCAGAGAGGGUAUAUUUUUCCGGAUGUAUCAGCUGAACAGGAAAGAAGAGGAGCAAUUUCUGAUGAUAAUGUCGUACGUAUAGCAGCCUCAUUCGACAUGGGUUGGCCAACUAAAGGAAGCGGAAAGAGUUAUGAUAGCCUUUCUGGAACAGGCGAAUUGAUUGGUUAUUUUACCAAUACAGUGCUCUCAAUAGUCGUGUUGAAUAGAAAAUGCCGAAUGUGCGAUCAAGGACAUUCUAAAGAAACACACGACUGCAGAUUAAACUAUGAAGAAAGCGCUAAGUCUAUGGAGUCUGCCGCAGCGGUCAGACUAAUCAAAGACAAUCCAAUCUUAACCAAAUGUAAAGUCGAAGGGGCUAUUUUCAUAUCAGAUAAUGAUAGCAGUGCCAUUGCAGCUGUAAGGAAUGCUGUCAAUUAUGAAGUAGUCAAGGUAGAUGAUACCAACCACACAAGGGUGUCACUUCGACACUGUACAAAAUUAAGUCCAAAUUCAAAGAGCUGACCAACACAGUAAUUCAGUAUCUUGGAAAAUGUUUCAAUUACUGUAUUGCUCAGAAUGUGGGUAACAGCGAAUCAAUGCCUGCUGCUAUAAAAAAUAUUCCAGCUCAUUGUUUUAAUGACCACCAAAAUUGCGGCGAAUGGUGUGGAUUCCAUAAAAAUCCUAACACUUAUAAGCACUCGGUCAUCGGUGAUGGUCUGCAUGAACAAGAAUUAUACAUUGCUUUACGAAAUAUAUUCAACGAAGUCGGCGAAAAAUCGAUUAGAUUUUGUGGAGGAGCCUCGAGUAAUCCAAACGAAAGUUUCAAUGCAAGCAUAGCGAGCAAAGCCCCCAAAAGCCGGCUAUACGGUACGUCAUCAUCGUAUAAUUUUCGAGUUUCACUUGCAUUAAACCAAAAAAAUGAUGGCGAACAGUCUAUAAUUGGGUUGGCAGAUACAUUGUUAGUAUCUCCAGGCAAAAAUACCUCAAAGUAUUGCAGAAAAAUAGAUGAAAUUGCUAUGAAGCGUUACAAGUAACUCCAAAGUUUAAAAGCAAUCGUAUCUUAUUAAAAAAAAAGAAAAACCAAUUACGAAUGAGAAACGAGUUUUCAGAAGGAACCACUUACAAGACUGACAUAGGAUUGUUCAAUGCUCUGGAUAUUCCGAUUCCACUCGCGGAUAUCAACACCGAGUUAUCGUCGAUUAUUGUUUUUUUCGAUUUGGAAACAAGUGGCUUUAAUGCAAGAGUUAAUAUAUUACAAAUAGCAGCCAAAUAUGAAGAAUAUGAGUUUUGUAUAUAUAUAAAACCCACGAUGAAAAUCAAGGAAGAUGCGAGUAUGGUUAACGGUCUACGAUAUAUCGAUGGAAAUUUGUAGUUGCACGGGCAUAUACUAGUAACAUCCUCACUGUUAGAUGCGAUGAUAUCUUUCUAUCAGUUUUUGUACAGUUUCAACAGAAAAUGUAUUCUAA